AUGAUGAAUGCCACAGACCACCAAGGGUUGAUCUCUGUGGGCUAUACCAGGAACCUCAGCACUGCUGGGACUCUGGGAACCCUCAACAAAGACUCCUCAACGGGAUGUUACGAGCAGCUCCUCAUCUCUACCGAGGUCUUCCUCACACUAGGGAUUGUCAGUUUAUUAGAGAACAUCCUUGUGAUUGCCGCCAUCAUCAAGAAUAAGAACCUCCACUCUCCCAUGUACUUAUUCAUCUGUUCUUUGGCUGUGGCCGACAUGCUGGUCAGCGUCUCCAACGCCUCCGAGACCAUCGUCAUUGCCCUGAUCAACGGCGGCAACCUGACCAUCUCCGGGUCGCUCAUAAAGAGCAUGGACAACGUGUUCGACUCCAUGAUAUGUAGCUCACUGCUGGCGUCAAUCUGUAGUCUCUUGGCCAUCGCCAUAGACCGCUACAUCACCAUAUUCUACGCGCUGCGCUACCAUAACAUUGUGACGGUAAAAAGAGCGCUGGCGGUAAUCGCGUGCAUCUGGUCGUGUUGUGUGGCGUCGGGCGUGCUCUUCAUUAUCUACUCUGAGAGCACCACGGUCCUCAUCUGCCUCAUCACCAUGUUCUUCACCAUGCUGGCGCUCAUGGCCUCGCUCUACGUCCACAUGUUCAUGCUGGCCCGCCUGCACAUAAAGAGGAUCGCCGUGCUGCCCGGGAAUGUGCCCAUCCACCAGCGUGCCAACAUGAAGGGCGCCAUCACCCUCACCAUCCUCCUGGGUGUGUUCAUAGUGUGCUGGGCUCCCUUUUUCCUCCACCUCAUCCUCAUGAUCUCCUGCCCCAGGAACCCCUACUGCGCCUGCUUCAUGUCGCACUUCAACAUGUACCUCAUCCUCAUCAUGUGUAACUCUGUCAUCGACCCACUGAUCUACGCCUUCAGGAGCCAGGAGAUGAGGAAGACCUUCAAGGAGAUCUUCUGCUGGUACAGCCUGCCAAACCUGUGUGUGUGCGAGCUGCCCGGGAAAUAUUGA